CUUUAGAGCUCUAUAAUAUGACGCCGGAAAUCCCUAAAAGAACCAAUUCAUCAUUUGAUUUAUUAGAGGCUUUAAAAUAUACACCAUUAGUCUCAUCUAUACCUCUUAGCAACGGUACAGAAAAUGCAGUUCCUCCGAAGUCAUUAGCAAGUAAUACGCCUUUGUGCUUGUCUGCCGAAGAAAAGGGAUUUAUGCAACGAUAUCUUGAUCUUUUGGAGCCGAACGCGCAAAACGUGUCUGACGUACAACAGCUUCAAUUUUACAAAGACGCGCUCUCUCCUAUGCUGCAAAAUGUUCCCAUGCCUGGAAUUCGCAUCCCUUCGAACAAAGAAGAAAAUAAUGACAAUCCGUCUUCUUUCCCAAACCCUUUAUUGAAUCCUUUGACAGAGUCUUUAUUACAACCUUCUGAGGUCGAAUUUGUUCCUCCAGAAGCAAACCUAAGUGCUUCUUCCUCUUACACUGAUUCUACCUCUAUGUCUGAAAACUCUUUGGUUUCAAAGAAAGAAGUGCCCAAGAAUUUGGAAAUCCCCCGUAGUCCUUCAACGGCGCGAAUCCUUAGAGCUGUUGAAUUUAGAAGUCCUAGUCGAUCACUUUCACUUACAUCAACUCCCAACAAGCGCUCGCGGUCAGAAAGUGGAAGCUUAGCUUCCACACCUUCUUCGAAGGUCCAAAGGCUUCAAGAUGUCAUAGAGAAGCAAGUACACGAUACCCAAUCGCUGUUGGAUGUAACCUUGCAUGCAAAUCCGGAACAAUCAAACUGUUAUGUAUCUUUUGGAGCAUCAGAGGCUAAGAUAAUAUCAGCAGAGGUUAUCGAUAAAAUAUCAAUCUCUUUAACAAAGUUGAGUCACUUGGGGGAUUGCAAUAAGUUAUUGAAGGAAGAAGAUGCUAUAUGUCUUAAGAUGACUUUGGAAUCUAGCUUAAGAAGUCUGGAUUUCUUUAAAAAUUCUACUGAGGAUACCGAUAUUGAUGAAGAUGAUGAUAUUGCAUAUUUGAGAGCUGACUGUUUAUUAAAGACUGUAUCCCUUGUUUUCCAACUAAUCAACACUCUUCCUAUGUUAAAAAAAUUGCAAAAUGAGGAAUCUUUUUUAUUUAUUCUUGAUACUCUUCAUGCCUUUAUUGAUUACUUUUUCUUAAAGGCUAUGACUAGCAUUGAUAUGAGCAUGACCGAUGUCUCUGAGCCAUCAAACAACCGUCAAUUUUUAUCUCUCACACAAAAAAUUGCUAACGCCUUUACUUUAUUAUCUAAAGUUGUACAUAUUAUUCCUUUGUCCGAAGCUGUCGUCAUCAAAGUUGUUUUCUUGUCCACGAAAACAAUUACUGUGGAUUCCUCUGUUAAAGAGAAACCGUCGUUAAUACAAAACAUUCCAUUGGAUAUUCUUAAAAUUCCUCUGUUUGAUACACUUCAGUUCAUUUUCAGCUUAUACCCUGCUCAGCGUGAUUUCGUGCUGCAAGAAGUCCUUGCAAACUUUGCGCAGUUACCUACUGCUCGUUCAACUUCCAGAACAUUUAAGCUGUCAAGUGGAAAAUCUGUUCAGUUGUACUCUACUUUGCUUGUUCGAUUGCUUCAGUCAUGUACAGUAACGCAUCUUCCAGAAGAUACCGCUUUUAAGACGGAAGACCCUGCGAAGGAUUUAGUCAACUCAGAUGAUUUCCAGUCUUAUUUAAAAUCGGUUGAUGUUUUACUCUCUAAAUCAAGGCACGAAGAGUACCGAGUCGCAAACCAAAUUGUUAGUUAUUUGCUUGGAAGAUCAUUAAAGCAGACAAAGUCUGAAAUUAAUAACUCGUUUGUCACAUUAACAAGAAUUAUGCUAGAAGAUUUGCUCAACAUGCUUACUUUACCAGAGUGGGCUGGAACGGAGACACUUGUUCGACAAUUUGCAUUAAAUCUUAUUAUGAUGAUAGUCAAAGAAAAGAACUCCGUUGCUACCAAAAAUACUGCUCUUGACUUCUUUAGUGUUAUUGUCAAUAAAUUGUUAAUAACGUUCGAUAUAACUCUAUUUGAAAAACAUGAUCUUCCGGUACCUUCGAACUUUAAUGACCCAAGUUGCUUUUUGAGUGGUAUCCCUCGUUAUGAAGAAAUUACUUAUACUUGCCUUUCACAUCUUUCCUCUUUAUGCAACAAUGAUGAUUCACUUGAGAAUAUCAUUCCAUAUACCCUAAAUCAAUGGGUCUCAUUUCUGUUUCAGCUCCGAAAAGCAUCCAAGGAUUCGGAGUCAAAUUACCUAGUUGACAAAAUUCUACUGAAAAGUGUAAAUUUGAACAUAGACUCCAUUCGGGAUUCAUCCGUUUUCACUAGUGAUGAGAUGAUUAAAGAUUAUUUUAUUCUUUCUUUGUAUCGCUCUUCUUUAUACUUGAAUUUAAAAUUUUUCGUAUCACUGAUUAUUGGAUUCCUUGACAGCCCCCAAACCAGUUUACGAACGAAAAGUUUAAGAAUUAUCAGUCAAAUGAAGUCUAUCCCUGCUAUACUCCAUGCGCAUCCAGAAGUUUUGUCUCAGGUAAUCAAUAAAGUUACUGAUCCCUCAGCUUUCGUCCGAGACACAGUAUUGGAUUUGCUAAGUACAUACAUGAUGGCCUUUAAAGAAACUAUAAAUCAGUUAUAUAUAUUUAUAGCGGCUGGAGUAUCGGAUAGUUCUGUGAGUGUUCGGAAGCGUGCAAUAAAACAACUUGCAGAAAUAUAUGGGCUUACUAACAGCAUAAGCAUACGAUGCGAUAUCUGUAUGAAACUACUUUCAAGGAUGAAUGAUGAGGAAGAGAAUCUCACCGAUCUAAGUCUCCAGACGCUCGACUCUUUAUGGUUCAAUAACAGUAACUUGUUCAUUGAUACACAGAAAAAAUAUGAUGAUUUGAGCUUUUUGGAAAAGCAAAAAUUGAAGGUUCACUAUCGUCCGCUACUAAAAUUAUCGUCGGAUCCUAGUCCUGAAUUACAUGUUUCUCUUGUAACAACGUUAAAGAAAAUGCUUACUUCGAAAGAAGAUGUGUUAACCAAAGAAUUUUGUUCUCGAAUUCGUUUUCUGCUUUCCUUUCUGUUUACCUUGUUAAUUGAGGUAGCAACCGAGGACGAGGGAGAUGAUGUUGAGGUAGAACUUUUGCAUGAAACAAUGAGUACUCUGUUUGUUUUUUCUCGUUCUUUUCCCUUUCUCUUUGACUAUUCACAACUACAGGUAUUAAAACCAUACUUGAAAUCGGCUUCGAGUAUAGAAGAACAGCGAUUGCUAUACUAUGUUGUAGCCAUUUUUCGACAGGUUUUACCUCGUCAAAAGGAAAUUCCGGAGGUUUUUUUGCGUAAUCUUGAGACUACUAUGCUACAAAGACUUACCAAGGCUGGAUCUGCUACAUUAAAAGAAAUGGUACCCUGCUUAUGUUAUUUAUUGAGUCAUCUUAAUGAUCAUCAAAGACUUUAUAAAAUACUAGGCUCUUGUCUUAAAACACUUGAAGAAACAAGAAAAAACGACUUUUCAUCAUUAAAGGCUUUUCGUUUAAUAGAACUCAUUGGACUCUUUGCUAGGUUUGGAGGGAUUGAAAAAAUAGAUGUUAAUUGGGAAGAUGUUUUCCCUUUUCCUAAGGACGAAAGCAACAACAUUUAUGUUUUGCUGCUUAACUACAUGAACCAACUGCUUCCGUCGUCAAAGACUGAUUUGCGUAUACAUGUAAUUGAAAAUAUGUUAAAAAUCGUCCUGGCGCAACCGACGUUGUUUACUUCACCAAUGAUGUUAAGCAUGCUAGAUAAAAUUUUUGAAGAGAGCAACACCGACUGUGUCUCAGUAAUUUUUAGGGCAUUCUUGGAACUAUUAGCAGCUGACGAGGAUCUAAUUUCAGAAGCUGAUGAAAAAUUGGAAAGCAAGUCAAAUAACAAUAAGAAGUCAAAGCGUGAACAAGUGAAUGUAGACAUGCUUAAAGGUUUUACGGAAAGACAAUGGACUGAAGGUGUGAGCGCUUGUUUGAUGCAAAAGUACCUAUCGAAUAUCUUGAAUUCUUGCUUUUCAAAAAACCUAAGUUUUGCUCUUCUCGCAUUAAAUAUAUUGCAGCAUAUUAUUCGCCAAGGGCUUGCGAACCCUAGACUGUGCUUCCCCGUAAUCGUGGCUCUGGAAGCUAGUGAAGUUACAGAAAUAAAACAAACGGCUAUUAAUUUGCAUGUGGAAUUGCAUCAAAAGCAUGAAUCGUUGGUAGACGGUUUGUAUGCGCAAGCAGCAAAUUUGAUGUUCUCUUCCAAAAGUUUUCCAGGAAGUUUUGUUUUUUCUAUUGAAGAACAUUCCGCGUUCCAGGACAUGUACAAUGUUGUACUGUCGAACAAAAACACGAGGUCUAGAAGGAAAUUCCUUACGCAGAUGCUGAAGCUUAUUGAAUUCGAUAAUGAAAAGCUGUUAAAUAUGUCACACGAGAAUGUCUUAUUUUUUAAUUUCUGUUGUUCAGCAUUGGGUGGAAUCAACUACUUGAGCAUUGACGAGCCAUUGAUGAUCCUUCAAGUCAUUGAUACAGUUUUAGCUACAAUUGGACUAACUAUUACUGAAUGGAUGAAGGGAAAUCUCGAAGAGCCCUAUAAAUUCUUUUCUGGAAUUCUACUUUGUAAUUUUAUUCACCUGAAACGUUACUUGAAGUAUGUUUAUUCCAUAACAGAUGAAAAAAUACACAAUUUUGAUUCCAGCAAAACAUUUAAGGAUAAAAAGGUCCCGCUUAAAAACAAUGGUUACAAGGUUGAGCUUUUACGCCCGGACAACAAAAGAGAAGAUGUAGCAGCUAUGUGUAUAAAAAUGUUUGAAGAUGAGAAUAUAUCUACUGAUCCCAUCUUUAAAGACGAUCCUCAAGAGGAAGAACACUCAGGGGAAGCUGCAAAUGAAUAAACAAAAGAAAGAACAUGCGCAUACUCUUUGGACUCGCUCGACUUGGUCGAUGAUCUUUGGUAUUUACUAAUAUGAAAUCUUAUUUAUUGUUUAAUGGUUUGUUGAGUUAUUUCUUCAUUACGUUAUUGAGUUUUUUUACUCGCUUCUUUUUCGUUCUUUGCAUCUAUGUUGGUUAAUAGAUUAGGGUUUUGUUUUAUUUAAUGUUUUAGCUUUGACACACUUCACUGUGUAUGACAUUGAUUUUUUCGUACUUCAUGAUAGUAAAUAAACUAUUGUUACAGGCUCUGUGGUAAACGUCUUAAUGGAAAAAUGAUUUUAAC